AUGUCACGACAACACAUUUCGAGAGCAAGUUCAAACGAACAGGAGCAGAGUUCGAGUUCAUUUCGUAUGCCGAGUUCGAUUACCACCGGUUCUACGGCUAACACGACGAUGCAUACCGGAUUUACAUCAAUCAACAAUUGUGCCCCACCAGUUCUCAACACCUUAAACAAUCCUUUCCCAUUUAUCAAUGAUACAAAUAAUCGUAUACUCAACAACAACAAUAACAACGACAAUCGGAACGUUUUAUUUCCAACCGACCGAUUUAAUCCACCACUUUUACAGCCUACUAACAUUUCACCAUAUGCUAGUAUGAUCAGUAAUGAUCCGCGAUUUCAUUCUGCCGCAGCGAUUUCCUCAAAUCCGUUUCGGCUAUACAACGCAAUGGGCAUCAGUGCGAAUGGAACAACAUUUGAUCGAUUCUUACAAUCACACGGAACCAUCACUCCAACUAUUCCGGCGGCGGCAGCAGCAGCAGCAGCAGCAGCAGGACACACAUCAUUGCUUCCAAUGGCUGCAAACAGUAAUGCGGAGCCAUCAGCGUCAUCCGGCAUUCCGCCACCCUUAGUGAAUGACCAACCGUACAGAUAUUUGCUGUCAUUUGAACAACAAGCCAAAAUAGCGCACGAAGCAGCGAUGCAUUACGCAAAUCUCACGGAACAUUUAAUGGAACAUGCGAGGAAUGCAGCGGCAGCCGAAAAUAUGCCAUUACCGCCGUUACCACAAGCGGUCUUUUCAAUGGUUCAAAAAUAUGAUCAACAGAAAGAAUCGUUGCAAAAUCAUCGACAACAACAAAAACAAGAAGAAGAAAAAAAGGAUCAGCAUCAUCGAACCUAUCUGACACUCACCAAUAUGGCUCCAUUUCCGCUCUCUGAUACAGUAACAGAUCGUAAUACUUCUUCUGAUCAACAAUCUUCCAGAUUGCUUGGACAGAAACGAUCGUUUGCUUCCUCGUUCAGUGUUCCGUUCUCUGAAUCGGUACUGAUGAAAGUUCGACCAGGCGAUAAUGCAUCCAAUACUGAUACUACUCCUUCUCGUUCCGAAAGUAAUUCAUCAAACAAAACAACAGCCGAAAUAUUACCCGUCCUGUCGCCGCAUCCAUACUGUCCGGCAUCGACGGAAAAUAGCUUUGAGCAACAGCAAAAUGAAUUGGAAAUAGACGAAAGUGGAAGGAAGAAUGUUGCAGAAACGGUCGACCAAGCGACAAUCACACCGUUGCGGACAAUUCAAGAACGCCUGAACGGGAAGAAUUCAAAAUAUGAAACGAAAAUGGAGAGAAUUAUUCUAACGCAUGAGAAUACAUCAAGGAAUUCUAGCUUAAGUGCUGCUGCUGAUAUGACCAGUACAUCGUCACUGCCCCAUUUAGAUUCCGGAAUUUCGAUGAGCAUAAAUUCGACGGAUAAACAGGAACAGAUGUCAUUUGACAAGCCAUCUUGGCCUACUUCAUUUACCGUAAGCAAUAUUCUGGUAGGAAAUGAAGGAAAAGGAGAAAUAGAUGCGUUAAAGCACGUGACGGAACCAACAGCUAUGAUAUUGAAGCAAACAAGAGCAAUCAGUCCGCAGCGGGCAACGACAAAUUUACUGCCGGUAAUGCCGGCCACUAACAUACUGCCAUAUCCGGUUCCGCAACAAACUAUGCAACAAAUGGUACAAACACCGGUAUCUUCAACUAUUCGUGCACCUUUCAAAAGCCUACCGGGAUAUACUAUAACAACGAACGGAAUAUUGAUCACACCAGAUGGACGAGCAAUCCCACCUGCAGUCUAUAAUUGUUUUGGUAUACCACGGCAACCAUUAGCUUCGUUGGAUUCAAAUCAAGAUGAAGAUAAUAAUUUAUGUGCAAUAUGUGGUGAUAAAGCCUCAGGAAAUCAUUACAGUGUUCCAAGUUGCGAAGGAUGUAAGGGUUUCUUCCGAAGGACAAUCCAGAAGAAAAUAGAAUAUGUAUGCUACAAGCAAGGUAACUGUCUAGUCGAUCAAAAAAACCGGAACAGAUGUCAGAGCUGUCGGUUUAAGAAAUGUCUUCAGUUAGGCAUGCGUCAGGAAUCGGUGCGUUUGGAUCGAAAUCGACGACGGAAAAAGGAUGAAAGCAGAGAAAAAGAAGUGGAAGAGAUCGAAGAAAUGAAAAAGCUGAAGGCUACUGUUGUUAGUGCCUAUCGCGAAGCAUUUCCCGCGGGACUAACUAUCAGUAAUCGAAGCGAGGCUGUGGAAAGGAUUCAUAUAUUCUUGAAUAAUAUCCCGAUGAUGAAAGAAAUUAAUGAGAAAGAUCGAGAGAGAGCGAUUGACAACGGUGUUUAUGCAGCUCUGACUUUGCGUACUUCCUUCACAACGGAAAACUACGAAGCAAUUGUGGGUGUUCGAAGCGAAGCGUUGCAACAAUGCGUGAAUGGUUUGGGAUUCGACGUUAAGGAAGAGGAAAUGGCAAUUCUGACAGCGUUCUGUUCCUUGCAAAACUGUAUGGGAAUGGCCGAUACCGAUAAAAUUCAAAACAUUGCAGCCAAAUUGUGCAAUUGUCUUCGAGUUCAUUUGACGGCUUUUUACGACGGAAUAAACGAAAUUCUGUACAAAUGCAUGAUGAGCGUAACGGCGUUGAUGCUAAUGCAAGCCAGUACGCAGCCAAAUACCUGA